UAAGAUAAUUUUUUUAUUCCAGGUAAAACCAUGGAGUUCUCGUACGCGAACGAGACGCUGGAGGAGUCGGCGAUGGUGAGCCACCUAAAAGGGGUGGGGAGGCUGUUCUACCUCAUCACGCCGCAAGAACACAUGUUUGAGAAAAAGGAGGAUGUGCCUAACUUCUUUAAACAGUCAUGGCCGUAUUUCCUGAUAUUCAUGGUGCUGGAGCACAUAGUGUUAAGGCUGGAGGGCAAGCCUGGGAUAAGACUGAACGACGGAAUCACCAGCAUCUCCCACGGGAUCCUACAGGAAUGUGGCAGAAUAUUAUGGCGAGGCGCCGAAUCGUACCUUUACACAUGGAUAUACACCAACUUCAGAAUAGUCGACUUACCCUGGGACAACGUGUGGACGUGGUACGCUGCAGCGUUGGGGGUUGACUUCUGUUACUAUUGGAUGCACAGAGCAUGCCAUGAGGUGCACAUCUUAUGGGCACAACAUCAAGUACAUCACACGUCGGAAGAUUUCAACAUGGGUGUCGGCAUCAGACAGUCCAUACUGCAGGGAUGGUGCGGAUUCAUCUUCUACCUUCCUCUGGCACUGGCCAUCCCCCCAGCCCAGUUCGUGAUGCACCACCAGUUCAGUUACCUGUACAUGUUCUGGAUCCACACUGAAGCCAUCAAGAGCCUAGGGCCUCUGGAGUACAUCCUCAAUACUCCUAGCCACCAUAGAGUACAUCAUGGCAGCAACAAAUACUGCUUAGACGUGAACUAUGGAGGCGUCCUGAUCGUCUGGGACAGGCUGUUCGGCACCUUCCGCCCCGAGACGGACAAGAUCCAGAUCGUCUACGGCCUUAUUUACAACCAGCCUUCUUUCAACCCCAUGUAUUUACAGGCGUUUUACACAGGCUACGUAGUGGAGAAGUUCCGUCGGCUAGAAACAGCUGGUGACAAGUUCAGGGCGAUAUUCUGGGGGCCAAGCUGGGAGCCGGGACAGGCGAGGUUGGGGGAUGAAGACCAGAAAAUAGAUAUUGAGCAGAGAGAGAAAUACGACGUAGCGCUACCGGCGUGGUGCAAUCUUUAUCUGGUUUUGCAUUACGCGGUGGUCUUCUACGGAUUCUUCGAGCUCGCCUCUAGAUACAUGGGCAUGUCCCCACUCUCCGUCCUAAUCUCUGUCUGCUACAUCAUCUGGUCCCUCACCGUCAUUGGGAUGCUCUUCGACUCCUCAACCUACGCUCCCCUCAUGGAAGUCCUCCGCUGUUCUGCCCUGGCCUUCCUCACGAGGAGUCUGGCCAUCAGCCCAGGCUACGGAACCGCAUUGCAGAUAGUGUACGUGGCUUCUGCUAUGUUCUGGUGCCUGUAUACUUUGAAGUUGCUUGAGAUUAAGAAGACGAAGAAGGUUGAGUGAAGAGUUGAUAGACGCUACGCAAGAUUUGUCUGCAUUCGUUUUGGAUACGUGGGAGUACAAACUAAGCUAGAUUUUCACAUUGCGUUGCAUCACGAUUAAGGUUGUCAUAUGAAUAAAAAGGAAUAUCCUUACAAAAAUCCGGACAUCACCCUGUAAUCCUGACAUUUCUUGCACACACAUCCAGUGGGUCACUAUUCCCUUAACUUGUCACCACAUGCUGUAGCUAAUAGGGUGUAACCUUCCAGAGGUUAGUUGAGGUUUCUGAAAAACCUUGACUACUAGCCAAGUCCCCGCGUAAUCCUGAUAAAGGACAAAAAUCCUGACAAUAGGACCUAAUCCUGACGUAAGGCAACCCCAGUGACGGUAAACAAUUAUAGUUUGUCAAAGGACUGUCUCAGUUCAAUCAUAGACAGAGAGAAUCAUACUAUCUUUGUCUUACACUAGUACUAGCACCCAAAAGAAAAGGAUGAGUAUAGUUUUCCAGGUUCUUACUGACUGGCAAAUUGGUUUGACCAACUAUAAGUAAAAUACAGACUCAGUUUUUAGAACUUUGAUAUCUCUGAGUAAUAGUGAGUAAUGAUCAUAAUGACAGGAUGUAAGAAUGAUCUUUUGUGUAGCGUCUAUCUAGUUAAGGUGAAUUGUACCUCUUUAGGUCUACUUUGUAUAUUUAGUACCAAAGCCUGCCACUACUGUGCCUUAAAUAUAGUAAAUAGUUAGUAAAAUGUUAGAUUUUUAUAUACCUACUACUUGUAUGAUUAGAUUUAAGCGUAAAGAAACUCGCAUAUUUUUUAUUGGUUUAUCAUACUAAAUAGUUGAGAAGAAACGGAAAAAAACGGACGUUUAAUGAUUUCUAGAUGAUUUAUAGUGUUUUCUUCUUUAUAAGGAUAAAUGUUGAUGUGAAAUCAGGUUUUGUUCAUAUUUAUGGCAAGGGUACAAGACCGUUUUUAGGUAUUAAGGAAAUCUAUCUCAAUUAUCGGUGUUUUUCCCAUUAGUUGAGUGUGCUCAGAGCAUAAAAAGGUCAACCACGGCGUUGCAUUAACAAGAGAUUUUCAUUGGCAGGAUUGGUCCUUAGGACCCAAGGAUGGAUUUAAGAAGUGGAGCCACCCAGAUUAUUGUUGCAGGUGGGGGGUGGGGGGUUUUAAGCGUCGGCGACGUCUGAGGUUAAUAAUUGUUUAAGUUUAGGUUCUAUGUCAAGUUUAGUAACAUUUUCAACUAAAUCAAAGAUGUAGACAUAGAUUUCAUCUAAAUCGGUUCAGCCGUUAUUGAUUCCCCAUACAAUCUUACACCUUCCUUUUCACUUUUAAGAGAUUUUUUUU